UUCGUUCGAGUAGCAGCAGCCAUCUUCUUAGUAGAACUACGAACGGACGAAGCGUAGAUUACACAUGUAAUGGAAAAUAGAAACAUUUGGUCAAUGUCACUAAAUAAAUAGUCAAAUGUGUUCAUGGACUGCCUGGUAAUAAAUUGUUAUGUUAAAGAAAACGCCGGUUUAGUAUUUGACCGAACACACACCGCAAAGAUGGAUGACGACGCGGCGAGGGAAGAUGCCUGUGGAGAGUAUCAAUCCUCCCUCGAAGAUUUGACAUUCAACAGUAAACCUCACAUCAAUAUGCUGACCAUUCUGGCAGAGGAGAAUCUGCACUUCGCCAAGGAUAUCGUCGCAAUAAUUGAAGCACAAAUCAAUAAGGCCCCACCUGCCGAGAAGCUUCCUGUUUUGUACUUAGUGGAUUCCAUAGUGAAGAAUGUCGGAGGCGAAUACCUUGCAGUGUUUGCUAAAAACCUAGUCUCUUCAUUUAUAUGUGUUUUUGAAAAGGUGGAUGAAAACACUAGGAAAAGUCUGUUCAAAUUGCGCUCCACUUGGGAUGAGAUAUUCCCUCUAAACAAACUCUAUGCUUUGGAUGUACGGGUGAAUUCUCAUGACCCGGCCUGGCCUAUCAAACCACUGGCUGUCAACAUUCACGUGAAUCCUAGGUUCAUAAAACCGACCGAGGAGGCCGCUUCGCCCGUGCCUGCCCCCUCCCCCCCUGCCGCACCCACCCCGGCCCCCGUGCCCCCCCCAAGCGAGGCAAGCAUCACCCAGGAGCAGCUCAUUAGACAGCAGCUGCUGGCCAAGCAGAAACAACUCCUGGAGCUGCAGCACAAGAAGAUUGAGCUGGAGCUGGAACAGACCAAAGCACAGCUGGCUGCAAAUGUAGUGGUGACGCUGCCUACAGCAGUUAAGACCCCAGCCCACAGUAUAGCAGCGCCAAAGGCACCCCACACUGCUCCUAAGCAGUGGGUCCCCCCUCAAGCUGAGAGCAAACCACCCACAAGAGACCCGCGUCUAAACCGAUCUGGCCCCCCCACCCCGCAGCCCAAAGAGCAGCCUAACAGCAAGCGAGACGUCCACAACAUGGGAGCACCAGCCCACACGCCUGAGAAGAGGGCUCCAGAGAAGUGUAGCAGGCCGGAGAAAGCGAGACAGCCCAGGAAGGAGACGGAGGAGAAACCAAAGUCCAAGUCUCCUUCUCCCUUGGCUAAAGGGGUGCUGGCUAAAAGCAAGCAUUCAGAGUCUGAGAACGUGAAGUCGGCAGACGCCGGGAAGAAAGACCCCAGGCUGCGGAAACACGUCCACGAGAAGGGUGAAGCUAAAGAGGAGGAGGUGGUAAAGGAGAAGAAGAGAUGCACUGAGAAGAAGGAGAAAGAGGAGCCAGGGAAAGCUCCGGAACUUCAGAAAGCAGCCAGGGGGAAGCUGGUCAACGGCUCCAUCAGCAAACACGACCGCGUCGAGACCCCUGAGAGCAAGUCAGAGAGCAAGACCGGAGGGAACGCCAGGACCAACGCCCGGAAACGCACACGCUCCCGUUCCCGCUCGCGCUCCCCCGCCCCUCCCUCCCCCAAGAGGAAGGACAGGAGGUCACCCAAGUCCAGGACCAGGAGCUCCUCCACUUCCCCUCCUCCUCCGUCUCACAAGCUGAGCAAGGCCCGGAUGUCUGGAGGCAAACACUGUCACGUGGAGGACUCCACCCAGCACGGGAAGGGCCGAGACGAGAGGGCCACAACCAAGAAGGGCCCGUCGGAGCCCAGGAGAGGGAAGCGCUCGGCGGAGGAGAGGCACAUGGAGGCCAGGGACUCUCUGCCCUCCCGUGUUCCCCACGACAGCAAAGACAGCAAGGAGAACUCCCACAGGUGGAAGAGUGGAUGGGAAGAGAACAAACAUCUGAAGUUGUCAGAGGAGGCUCAUGGGAAGGCUGGUCCUCAGAGACACAAGUCCUUCUCUGGCGGCCAGAGACCCAGCACCCCUCGCACCCCCAAGCCUCACCGCCUCAGCGUGGACGCCAACCUGCAGAUACCAGAGGCCCUCACCUCUGCCAGCAAGAGAGACCUGCUUAGGAAGGCCAGUAGACGUUUAGAGAAUGGGGAGAUCUCCAAUGAGGACUUCCUGAACGUGGCCCACCAGAUCAAGCAGCUGUUCCAGUACCAGGAGGAGAAGCAGCGGUCUGACUCCUGGGAGGGCUCCAGCGAGGACGGCCUGCACUUCCCCAACAAGAAGAAGACCCUGCUCUCCACCCCCGGCUCCGCCCCGCAGGACAACCUGUCAGACGCAGAGCUCAGCUACUUCGAACACAAGUCCCGCCUGAGAAGGACCCAGCUGUCCCAGCGCCAGGGGGGCGAGGACUGGGAGGGCGGGGAGGAGGGUCAGGAGGAGAUGGACCCCGCCGCGCCCCCUGGGGGGAAGGCGGGGGGCAGCAGGGGGGCCGGCCACCCCUCGGUGCCCCCGUUCCCCAGGCAGCCCAGGGACAGGCUUGGGAAGGAGCCAGCGGAGGAGGAGCAGCAGCCCCCAGCUGCCAUGAGGGAGGGAUCAUAUAACCACGGCAGGGAGUUCCCCAGGAUCAAGUCCCUGCAGGGCCUGCGCUUCAGGAGGAGGGCACACCCCAGGGACUCUGCUGGGCCAGACAGGCUCAAGAACGAGAUGGAGUGGACCUCCCCUCUGAGCGAGCGUCAGCGGGAGGAGCAGAAGAGCGGCUACGACGCGCCCAGGCGCUACGCCGGGACACCCGACCCCCGCCGUGACGAUCCCCCCAAGCACGACCGGGGCCCUCCCAAGGCCGGCCUGGUCCACAGGGGCUCUGUCAGCCCCUCCCUGCCCGAGGGCCCCACCAGGAAGCCCCCGGUGGGGUACGAGAGAGAACGCCUCUCCCCCCUGGAGCAGCUGGACUCAGCCGGGCUCAGCCCCGUCCCCAGAUUCGAGAGUCCCAACAGUGAGCACUCUGACGACGGGCCCCUGGAGUCCCCCAGGUCCAUCCUCAAACCCCCCUCCAGAGUGCCCCUCCCCCGGCACACCCACUCCCCCGGUCACACCCCUCCGCAUGUCUCCGAAGGGGGCUCGGCGGCCCCGCAGAGGUACGACGGGCCCCCCAAAGGCCACCCCUCCCGCUACGACGGCCCCGGAAGACCGGCUUACCUCCCAGGCCGCUACGAGGGCGGCCCCGGGCCAGGCCGCUAUGACGGGCCAGGAGGCUCCCACGGUCGCUACGACAACCUUCACCCCCACGCUCACGGCAGGUUCGACGGCCCUGGGAGGUUCGACGGGCCCCCGAUGCCCCACGGGCCCAUGAGGGGAGGGGAUCCGCAGGGCCGCUACGACGGGCCCCCAGCCUCACAGGGCCACGGCCGCUACGACGGGCCCCUGGGCCCACAGCCAGCCAGGUUCGAGAGCCCUGGCCCCAGAGCGGGGCGCUUCGACGGCCCCAUGCAGCCCAAACGCUUCGAUGGGCCGGGCAGAUUUGACAGCCCACACAUGCAGCCAGGCAGGUUUGAGGGACCCGGAGGGUUCCAGCCGACUCCCAUGCACUUUGAUGGGCCUUCGAACCAGCCGGGUCCAGUUUGCUUCGACGCACCCGGCCAGCAGGGACCCAUGAGGUUCGACAUGCCCCACUUCGACGGGCCCUCGGGGCACCAGGGACACCGGUUCUGCGGGCCCCCCGGCAUGCAGCCUCCACUGCGACCGGGUGCCCCCGUCUACGAGCCCAUGGCUAACCCAGCAGGGGGCCAGCAGCCCUCCGGGUUCAACAUGGCCAACCAGCACUUCCCGGAGCCUCACAACCCUGCGUUCGGCGGCGGGCAGCAGCAUGGCUUCUCAGGGCAGCCGGGGGGGCCCCAGGCUGGGGGGUUCAACGUGCCCUCCUCUUCAGGGUUCCCCAACUCCUUCGUCCAGCCCGGUCCUUCCUUCUACGGGCCCGGGGGCCCCGGAGGAGGCAUGAACCCACCGUCCCAGACAGGAAACAUGCAACCUCCGAUGAAUAUGCUGCCAAACCUGGGCCAGCCGCCUUUCCUACCACAAAACCCAGUGCCUUUCAACCAACCAGGUCCUCAGUUUCCGGAGAGUCACUUCGGUCAGGUGGAUGUGAACGACUUGUUGACGAAACUAAUCUCUACCGGCAUCAUCAAACCUGCUCAGACAGAGACCGCCCCCAGUGGAACCGAGUCGGCUGCACUGCCCCCGGCGCCUCCUGUGGUGGUGGAGGAAGAGGAGGAGGAGGAGCAGGAGGAGGAUGAGAACCUUCCAGACCUCACAGGCUUCACCAUAGAGGACAUGAAGCUGCGCUACGACAGCGUGGUGACCAAGCUCUACACCGGCAUCCAGUGCUACUCAUGCGGCAUGCGCUUCACCUCGUCGCAGACGGAUGUCUACGCUGACCACCUGGACUGGCACUACCGGCUGAACCGCUCGGAGAAGGACGUCAGCAAGAAGGUCACACACCGCCGCUGGUACUACAGCCUCACGGACUGGAUCGAGUUUGAGGAGAUCGCCGAUCUGGAGGAGCGGGCGAAGAGCCUGUUCUUUGAGAAGGUCAACGAGGAAGUGGUGCAGAAGACCCAGGAAGCAGCAAAGGAGAAGGAGGUUCAGAGCGUGAGGGCGGCGGCUGACGUGGUGGACGAGUCCUGUGAGAUCUGCCAGGAGCAGUUUGAGAUGUACUGGGAGGAGGAGGAGGAGGAGUGGCAUCUGAGGGACGCCAUCCGCGUCGACGACAAGACAUAUCAUCCUUCGUGUUUUGAAGAUUACAAGAAUACGUCCUCAUUUCCAGACGCCUCUCCGUCUCCCACCAAGCUGCUCACCGACCACCCGCUGAGCGCCUUUGUGAAGGACGAGGAACAGCCGGCGCCCAGCUGUGCGCUCCUCGUCAAACAGGAAGCGGAGCCAGAGGUGGGCGUGGCUUCCAAGGAAGAGGAGGUUCAGGUUAAGGUGGAGGCAGGAACAGAAACGGCUGCUUCCUGAAACCACGCUGCUUCCUUUUCCUGUCCACUUUUAUUGGCUGCUCGUAGCCCCUCCCUUAUUUUGUAAGGAAGAGAUAUUUUUAUAAUUGACUGAGGCAGGGCCCUCAGAUUGCCAUACAUUUGAAUACAUUUUUGUAUUUGGAAUCUGCCUGUAAAAUUCAGGUGUUUUGCGUGUGGAUGGAUGGAUGAAUGAACACUGAAAAUGUACCUUGCAAAAAGCUGUACACUGACGAAAAGAUGUCAUAUUUAAUUUAUAAAUAAAGCUAUUUUUGGUAUA